ACAGAAGUGGUGCUACAGCAUAGGCAGAGACCGUCUCACCCUGAGUCAACUGAAGGACAGAGGAUAUAGGGCAGAGAGAAACAUAUGUAUGCAAGGGUUUUUUUGGUUGUGUAUUUUGUCAGAGACUCCUCUCUGGGAUCUUAAAAUCAAACCCAGCUUUUAUCUGUUGGCUGCAACAAAAAGCGAAACAUGACUUGUCCUUUGAUACCACUUGGAGCCACUUGGAUAUGCACAAGGGAGGAUUGAUUUUUCAUCACUUGGAUCUAUUUUCUCAGCGCCGGAAACAAUAAUUGAUCACACAAAUUAGUACGUAGGUUCUGGGCUUUCGUAAAAUAUUUAAUAAUAAUAAAAACUUAAUUAAGACUUUUUUUCUGACACAGCUUGAACAAACAAAGAUUUAGCCAUGGAAGAGAGGAGACGGACGGGCUACAGCGUGCACAGGGAGAUCCUGGAUGAAGGAGCAGUGGAUGAGAUGGCAGAAAAGUCAGACUCAAAAACAUCUUUGUCUGAGAAGGUUAGAAAGUCCAUGAGGUGUUCUGGUCCCAGGUUGAAGAGCUGCCUGCUGGGUAGCUUUCCUGUUGUAUCGUGGCUGCCUCGGUACUCUAUCAGAGAAAACGCCCUGGGUGACCUGAUCUCUGGAAUCAGUGUGGGAAUCAUGCAGUUACCGCAGGGUAUGGCCUAUGCCCUGCUAGCAUCUGUUCCUCCAGUCUUUGGCCUUUACUCCUCCUUCUACCCCGUCCUUAUCUACUUCAUCUUCGGCACCUCCAAGCACAUCUCAAUUGGAACAUAUGCAGUGAUGAGUGUGAUGAUAGGAGGGGUGAUAGAGCGAUUAGCCCCAGACUCUGACUUUAUGGAUUGGAACAAUGUGACCAACUCUAGUAUGGUCAACAUAGCCUUACGGGAUGCAGAGAGGGUCCGAGUGGCAGCAGCUGUAACCUUCAUGUCUGGAAUAUUUCAGAUUCUGCUUGGUCUGGUCCAGUUUGGUUUCGUUGUGACCUACCUGUCCGAGCCUCUGGUCCGAGGUUACACCACAGGAGCUGCCAUCCAUGUCAUCGUGUCCCAGCUCAAAUACACCUUUGGCAUCAACCCUAAAAGAUUUAACGGACCCUUGUCACUGAUAUAUACUGUGUUGGAGAUCUGCUCUAUAAUUCCACAGACAAACAUUGGUACUCUUGUGGUCAGUAUUGUGGCUAUAAUCAGCCUCAUACUCGCUAAGGAGCUCAACGCUUACUUCAGUAAAAAACUACCUGUUCCUAUACCCGUGGAGCUGCUUGGUGUUGUUGUUGCUACACUGAUCUCCUGGCAGGUUAACUUGCAGGAUAAAUAUGGAGUGGAUGUGGUGGGACUGAUUCCCUCAGGCCUCCAGCCGCCGGUUCUCCCGACCGCAUCCCUGUUUGGACAGGUGAUCGGGGAUGCCUUCGCUCUGGCUGUGGUGGGCUACGGCAUCGCCAUCUCACUGGGAAGAAUCUUCGCCCUGAAAUAUGGAUACAAGGUGGACAGCAACCAGGAGCUUGUUGCCCUGGGUUUAUGUAACUCCAUCGGGGGGAUUUUCCAAUGUUUCGCCGUCAGCUGCUCCAUGUCCCGCACCAUGGUUCAGGAGAGCACAGGAGGGAAGACUCAGGUUGCUGGAGCUCUUUCAGCGAUAAUCAUCCUUUUCAUCACGCUGUGGAUUGGAACUCUCUUUGAAGAUUUGCCAAAGGCAGUGCUGGCCGCCAUCAUCUUUGUGAACCUCCAUGGUAUGAUGAAGCAGUUCAUGGACAUCCCUGCGCUGUGGAGGAGCAACAAAGUAGACAUGCUGAUCUGGGUGGUCACCUUCAUCCUCACCUUACUUUUAAACCCUGACCUGGGACUGGCCGCUGCCAUCGGAUUCUCCAUGCUCACCGUCAUCUUCAGGACUCAGCUACCAACUUACUCCAUUUUAGGGCAGGUCCCAGACACUGACAUCUACAGGCCACUGGAGGGCUACAAUCAGGUGAAACGGGUGCCAGGGAUUUUGAUCUUCCGCUCAUCUGCCACCCUCUACUUCGCCAAUGCUGAGAUGUACCAAGAUGCCCUUGGAGAGAAAUCUGGCAUUGACAUUACCAAGAUCCUGUCAGCAAAGAAGAAACUAGAGGCCAAAAGGAAGAGGCAUGAGAAGAAAAAUGCUAAAAAAGCUGCAAAGAGUAACGCAGUAGACAUGGAGGAGGUGCCAGAGAGGGAGAAUCAGCAGGACAUUGCCAUCAUUGAGGUGGAAGAUGAGCCCGACCCCUCGCUCCCUAGAGCCAUCGUCCUCGACCUCAGCCCAGUCAACUUCCUGGACACUGUGGGAGUCAAGGCGCUGCGCAGUAUCCAGAAAGACUAUGGGGAAAUUGGUAUAGAGGUUGUUCUCGCUGGCUGCCAAACUGGUGUGGUGGACAACCUGCAGACUGGAGGUUUCUUUAAUGACAAAGUUACAAAGUCCUGUCUCUUCUCAACCGUCCAUGAUGCCGUUUUGCACUGUCAGUCUGCCAGAACGCAGAGCCAAGAUGACGCCAUGCACUACGAGAUCCCAGCGACACACUUGUGAGCUGUGAGAGGAACGAUGGAGGUUAUUAUGAAGAAGUGACUGAAACUGUGUCAGUAUGAGUCUUUUAUCCAGUGAGUUCCACAUUUCUGGGAGUCACUAACACUCCAACUUGCAGUCUCACAGACAUUGUAACAAAGUAAAUGAGUUUGUUAGUUAGUACAAACAUGCAGUCAAAAAUCUAAUAAUGGCUCAAGCACAUACACAAACAUCCAAAAACAUGAAAUUAGUUUGCCUUUGUGGUAUAUUCAACCUCAUCUUCAUUCAGUAACAAAGCAUACCUGCAAAGAUGGUUUAUUUAUGAACAAAAAAUCUGUCAAUGUUCAUAUGUAGUCACAAGCCUCUGAUUUGAAAAGGAUUGUUAUGAUCCUCUCCGAAAACAGUUUUGUUUUGAAUCUCCUGUGAAGACGCGUAAACUUGGUGACGCUACAACAGGAAAUCUCCAAAUACCUCUGGACUGAUGGAACCGAUGCCUCACAUAUGGAAGCAGAGUGUUCUCCCUUCCUGUUUCACUGCAACCGGCAGCUUCGUUCAAACUCAGGCUCCAAUCCGCACCUUGUUCAUUUGCAGAUGUGUUCAGUUGACUUGUUUAUACUGUGUAAGGAGUUGUUGAUGAUGCUCAUUAUAGUAACUCAAGCAGAGAGAAUGUAGCAGUAAGAACAGCCACAGAGGAUAUCAAACCCACAUCCACCCCAUAUGUUCCCAUAGAGAAGCAAACACUAGAUCAUAUUGUUCACCUGUUUUGUCCUCGAGUCUCUUAUUAACAUUCAUUUUUUCAAUGAAUUGUUUGUUGAUAAGAACGUUUAAAGCCACACAUGGCCAGGGAAACGCAAAUAUAAUUCUGCUGAUCAUUUUCAUGUUGACUGUUUUAUUUUGAGAAGAAUAAGAAAUGUCUGUAAACAGCAACAACAGCAGUCCUCUGUUAACUGAAACAGGAUUAACGAAUCAUUGUUUAUUGGAAUAGGAACACUGAAUCAUAUUUAGUGGUAAUAAAAAAACACAAUUUUCCA